AUGAGCACCUACAACCCUCCCACACUCCAGCAGCUGGCACUGGAUGCUUUGCUGAGGAAAGAUGCCAUAGACUCCUUCGAUCUGGAUCACCUGCCCACUAUGCGCUUCCCACCACUCUUCCUAGAGGCCUUCAGUGGCAGACACACACAGAUAUUGAAGGCAAUGGUGGCAGCGUGGCCCUUUUCCUACCUCCCUGUGUGGGGGAAGCUUCAUGUGUUGGACUUGAGAGAUGUGCACCAGGAUUUCUGGGAUGUGUGGACUGGAAGAGAGGAAGGAAUCCACUCAGCAGAGAUUGGAAGUGAGAUGCGAGUAGCAGAGCAGGUUCCUAGAAAAGCACUGAGGCAGGAUUUGAAGGUGCUCACUGACCUGAGCCUCUGCUGCUCUCUGAAUGGAUACCGAACAUGCUUGCUGCAGCACGCCCAGCAGAGAAAAGGCUCUUUAUGCCUGAGGGUCUUCCUGGAGUCCUUGUCUAUCACGCACUGCAGUCUCUCAGAGUCAGACUUGAAAUACUUGUCACAAUGCAACUGGAUUUGUCAACUAAAACACCGGCACAUCAAAUAUGCAGAGUUAUCCAUGUCAAGAUUCACACAUCUCCAAAUUCUCCUAGAGAAAGUAGCAGACUCUCUGCAGACCCUGGAGUUGGAGAACUACAGGAAGAAGGACUCUCAGCUCAGUGUAGUGCUGUCUGCCCUGAGCCAGUGCUCCCAGCUCACCUUGGUCAAUUGCUAUGACAACCACUUCUCCAGUCCUGUAUUGAAGGACCUUCUGCAGUGCAUAGCCAAUCUAAGCAAGAUGACUGUUGAGCGGUACCCUGCCCCUCUAGAGUGCUAUAAUGACUUGGGUGCUGUUGUGGUGGAGAGAUUUUCCCAACUGUAUCCUGACCUCAUGGAUAUACUCAUGGCCAAAAGGCAGCUCAAGACAAUCUUCUUUGCUAUGGCCCACUGCCCUCAUUGUUGGGCGCAGUGUCUAUGA